ACAUAUUGUGCAUCAUAAACAUAAUCUAUUUACUAUAUUCGGUAUUUUGAUAACAGUGUUCUAUAAAAACCGCACUAAUUUUUGAAGGAGUCACAAUUUUGAUCCGAUUCCAAAUCAUAAAAAAAUGAAAUUCUUCGCUGCUUUCGUCGCCGUGCUCGCCGUGGCCGCGGCUGGCCCAGUGGGCAAGCCCAUCAACUCUGAUGACGCUCAGGUGGCAGCCAUCAUCGCCGCCAUCCAGAGCCCCAACACCGACCCAGCCACCGCCCUCCUACUCGAGCAGCAGCUGAUGGAAAUCAUCGCCGCCUCUAACCCCAUCGCUGUCGGACCCGCCAUCAUUGAGCCGACCCCAAUUGCUGUUGGCCCCGCCAUCAUCGACCAGCCCUCCCCCAUCGCUGUUGGCCCCGCCAUCAUCGACCAGCCCUCCCCCAUCGCUGUAGGUCCCGCCAUCAUCGACCAGCCCUCCCCCAUUGCUGUCGGACCCGCUAUCGUCGACUUCCCCGUCGAGGUGCCUUCCCCCGUGGUUGAGCCCAGCCCCGUCGCCGUAGUCCCCUCCCCCGCUGACGUGCCCGUGUCCAGCAGCGCCCCCCUCGUUCAGAUCAUCCUGAACAUCAACCAGGCACAGUCUGCCCCCGAGGUGAUCCCUCCCGCGGUUGUUGACGUACCCAUCGAGACUCCCGUCGCCGUUGACCCCGUCAUCGUCGUCGACCACGCUCCCAUCGACCCCUCUCCCGUGAUCGUGGCUCCCGAGCCUGCCCCCAUCAACCCCUCCCCCGUGAUCGUGGUGCCCGCUCCCGUUGUGGAUGUUGAGCCCGUCCUCAUUGGAACCCCCGUCCUCCCCGAGCCCGAGGCAGUCAUCAUCCCCGAGCCCGUUGUCAUUGGCACCCCCGUCAUUAUCCCCUCCCCCGUCAUCACCCUCCCCGAGGAGCUCAACUAAGCGUUACUUUGUAACCUCUGGGUAAUCCACGUUUAUAGGAAGUGACUGAGGUGUAUUGUAUACCUAUACUAUAAAAUAUUCCGAUUACACGAGAUACUAUAUUACCUA